AUGGCCCAGACGCAGCCCACAUUCAACGAUGUCUUCGAGGACGGCGAUGUCGAGGAGGUCCAGAAGGACCCCCAGACCAUCCACCACAUCCGUGCCAACUCGAGCAUCAUGCACCUGAAGAAGAUUCUGGUUGCCAACCGUGGUGAAAUUCCCAUUCGUAUUUUCAGAACUGCCCACGAGCUUUCAUUGCACACCAUCGCUGUCUUCAGUUAUGAGGACCGUCUCUCCAUGCACAGACAAAAGGCCGACGAGGCAUACGUCAUUGGCAAGCGCGGUCAAUACACCCCGGUCGGUGCUUAUCUCGCUGGAGAUGAGAUCAUCAAGAUUGCCGUUGAGCAUGGCGCGCAGAUGAUUCACCCAGGAUACGGCUUCCUGUCAGAAAACGCCGAGUUUGCGCGCAACGUUGAGAAGGCCGGCCUCAUUUUCGUCGGACCUACGGCCGAUGUCAUUGACUCGCUAGGCGACAAGGUCUCCGCCCGAAAGCUCGCUAUCGCUGCCGAUGUCCCCGUCGUCCCUGGUACCGAAGGCGCCGUCGCCACCUUUGAGGAGGUCAAGAGCUUCACCGAUCAAUAUGGUUUCCCCAUCAUCAUCAAGGCCGCCUACGGUGGUGGUGGUCGCGGCAUGCGUGUCGUGCGCGAGCAGGAGAGCUUGAAGGAGUCCUUUGAGAGAGCCACCUCCGAGGCCAAGUCUGCCUUCGGCAACGGCACCGUCUUCGUCGAGAGAUUCCUCGACAAGCCCAAGCACAUUGAGGUCCAGCUCCUCGGUGACAACCACGGCAACAUUGUCCACCUUUACGAGCGUGACUGUUCCGUCCAGCGUCGCCACCAGAAGGUCGUCGAGAUUGCUCCGGCGAAGGACCUCCCCACCGAGACUCGCGAUGCUAUUCUCAACGACGCUGUCAAGCUGGCCAAGUCGGUCAACUACCGCAACGCUGGUACCGCCGAGUUCCUGGUCGACCAGCAGAACAGGUACUACUUCAUCGAGAUCAACCCCCGUAUCCAGGUCGAGCACACCAUCACUGAGGAGAUCACGGGUAUCGAUAUCGUGGCCGCCCAGAUCCAGAUCGCCGCUGGCGCUACUCUGCAGCAGCUCGGUCUGACACAGGACCGCAUUUCCACUAGAGGUUUUGCCAUCCAGUGCAGAAUCACCACUGAGGACCCCGCAAAGGGCUUCUCCCCCGACACCGGAAAGAUUGAGGUCUACCGCUCUGCCGGUGGUAACGGUGUCCGUCUCGACGGUGGUAACGGUUUCGCCGGUGCCGUCAUUACCCCCUACUACGACUCCAUGUUGGUCAAGUGCACUUGCCACGGCUCAACAUACGAGAUUGCCCGCAGAAAGAUUCUCCGUGCCCUUGUCGAGUUCCGUAUCCGUGGUGUCAAGACCAACAUUCCUUUCCUUGCGUCUCUGCUGACGCACCCCACCUUCAUCGAUGGCAACUGCUGGACGACCUUCAUCGACGACACCCCUCAGCUGUUUGACCUUAUUGGCAGCCAGAACCGUGCGCAGAAGCUUCUCGCGUACCUUGGAGACGUUGCCGUCAACGGUAGCAGCAUCAAGGGCCAGAUUGGUGAGCCUAAGUUCAAGGGCGACAUCAUCCUGCCCGAGCUUCUCAAGGAGGACGGCACCAAGCUCGAUGUUUCUCAGCCCUGCAAGAAGGGAUGGAGACAAAUCAUCGUCGACCAGGGCCCCAAGGCGUUCGCCAAGGCCGUUCGCGCCAACAAGGGCUGCCUUCUGAUGGAUACCACAUGGCGUGAUGCCCACCAGUCGCUUCUGGCCACGCGUGUCCGUACCGUUGAUCUCCUGAACAUCUCCAAGGAGACCAGCCACGCCCUGUCCAACCUGUACGCUCUGGAGUGCUGGGGAGGUGCCACCUUCGAUGUCGCCUACCGCUUCCUGUACGAGGACCCCUGGGACCGUCUGCGCCGCAUGAGAAAGGCAGUCCCCAACAUCCCCUUCCAGAUGCUUCUGCGUGGAGCCAACGGUGUGGCCUAUGCGUCCCUCCCCGACAACGCCAUCGACCACUUCGUCGAGCAGGCUAAGAAGAAUGGUGUCGAUAUCUUCCGUGUUUUCGACGCCCUGAACGACAUUGACCAGCUUGAGGUUGGUAUCAAGGCCGUCCACAAGGCUGGAGUGCUCAACCCCAAGAAGAAGUACAACCUCGAGUACUACCUCGACUUGGUCGACAAGCUGGUUGCUCUCGACAUCCACGUCCUCGGUCUCAAGGACAUGGCUGGUGUCCUCAAGCCCCAUGCAGCUACUUUGUUGGUCGGCGCAAUCCGCAAGAAGUACCCCGAGCUGCCCAUCCACGUUCACACCCACGACUCCGCGGGUACGGGUGUUGCCUCCAUGGUCGCUUGCGCCCAGGCUGGUGCCGAUGCUGUCGACGCUGCCACCGACAGUCUGUCUGGUAUGACUUCUCAGCCCAGCAUCAACGCCAUCAUUGCUUCCCUUGAGGGCAGUGAUCUCGACCCCGGUCUGAACCCUGCCCACGUCCGCGCUCUGGACACCUACUGGCAGCAGCUGCGCCUGCUCUACUCGCCUUUCGAGGCUCACCUCGCUGGCCCUGACCCUGAGGUUUACGAGCACGAGAUCCCCGGUGGUCAGCUCACCAACAUGAUGUUCCAAGCAUCUCAAUUGGGUCUUGGAACGCAGUGGGCUGAGACCAAGAAGGCGUAUGAGCACGCUAACGAUCUUCUUGGCGACAUCGUCAAGGUCACGCCCACCUCCAAGGUCGUUGGUGACCUUGCCCAGUUCAUGGUCUCCAACAAGCUUACCGCCGAGGACGUCAAGGCCCGUGCCUCCGAGCUCGACUUCCCCGGCUCCGUCCUGGAGUUCCUUGAGGGUAUGAUGGGUCAGCCGUACGGCGGAUUCCCCGAGCCCCUCCGCUCCAACGCUCUCCGUGGCCGCAGGAAGCUGGACAAGCGCCCUGGUCUGUUCCUUGAGCCCGUUGACUUCGCCAAGGUCAAGCGUGACCUCCACAAGAAGUUCGGCGGUCCCAUCACCGAGUGUGAUAUUGCCGCGUACGUCAUGUACCCCAAGGUCUUCGAGGACUACAAGAAGUUCAUCCAGAAGUACGGUGACCUCUCCGUCCUGCCCACCAAAUACUUCCUGUCUCGUCCCGAGAUCGGCGAGGAGUUCCAUGUCGAGCUCGAGAAGGGCAAGGUCCUCAUUCUUAAGCUCCUUGCUAUUGGUCCUCUGAGCGAGAACACUGGCCAGCGCGAGGUGUUCUACGAGAUGAACGGUGAAGUCAGACAAGUCACCGUCGACGACAACAAGGCCUCGGUUGAGAACGUCAGCCGUCCCAAGGCCGACCCCUCCGACUCCAGCCAGGUCGGCGCACCCAUGGCUGGUGUCUUGGUUGAGCUCCGUGUCAAGGACGGAUCUGAUGUCAAGAAGGGUGACCCUAUCGCUGUUCUCAGCGCCAUGAAGAUGGAAAUGGUCAUCUCUGCUCCUCACAACGGCAAGGUCUCCACCCUCCAGGUCAAGGAGGGCGACUCAGUCGACGGUUCGGACUUGGUUUGCAGGAUUGUCAAGGCAUAA